AUCAGCUGUUUCUUAGAGGAAAGCCCACGGUGACAUAACCAAGAGAACACAAAAGGGUUUUAGGGUUUUAAGCUUUUUAGGGUUUCUGUGAGAAUGGCUGAGGAGAGUGGACAGAGGGCUAAGGGAACCGUCAAGUGGUUCAGUGACCAAAAGGGUUUUGGGUUCAUCACUCCCGAUGACGGCGGCGAAGAUCUGUUCGUUCACCAGUCAGGUAUCAGAUCUGAGGGUUUCCGUAGCCUAGCUGAAGGUGAAACCGUGGAGUUUGAAGUUGAAUCUGGAGGUGACGGCCGUACAAAGGCUGUUGAUGUUACCGGCCCUGAUGGUGCGGCUGUUCAGGGUGGCCGUGGAGGCGGCGGCGGCGGAGGUGGUCGCGGUGGUGGUGGAUAUGGAGGAGGCGGUGGCGGAUAUGGUGGUGGUGGUCGUGGUGGUAGCCGUGGAUACGGUGGCGGUGACGGAGGCUAUGGUGGAGGUAGCCGUUAUGGUGGCGGUGGAGGAGGAUACGGUGGAGGCGGUGGCUACGGAGGUGGUGGUAGUGGUGGAGGAAGCGGUUGCUUCAAGUGUGGUGAAUCUGGUCACUUUGCUAGGGACUGUAGCCAGAGUGGAGGCGGCGGCGGAGGUGGCAGGUUCGGUGGUAGCGGCGGCGGAGGCGGCGGCGGUGGCUGCUACAAAUGUGGUGAGGAUGGUCACUUUGCCCGUGAAUGUACCAGUGGAGGUCGUUGAACAUGGGUUGAAACCCUUUGUUCUCUUUCUCUUUUAGCCUGUUAUGUUUUUGUCUGAAAGUGGUGCCUUUGGCAGCCUUUAGUAAUGUCUUUGCUACUCUUUAUUCGACUAUGGCUGUUUGCUAUUUUUAUUUUCUGCUCAUUAGUAGUAUCCGUUAUACGGUUUAGUUCAGUUUGAAACUUUUGGUAAUGGGGAGUCUGAUAUUUUGUGGUGCAUCAAGGAAUACUCUCUGUACAUGUUUACAUACAUGUUUCUGAAGAACUAUCAAUUAAUCAACUGACAAUAUUUGUAGCCCUA